AUGGCAGAAGAACUUAAUUACGUGACAGUCAAGUUCAACUCCAACCACUCGCCAAGCGAAGGUGUUAUCUAUGAAGACGUGAGGAGCGAGCAGGUCACGUGGACCCCAGAGAAGCAGGGUGAGGUGGAGGACAUCUACGAUGACGUGAGGAACAAGGAGUCGCCAGCCGACAUGCCGCACAUCUUACAAGGAAAUGUGUCGAAAGUGUUGAAAUCCCGCACGCCCCACACCCUGGCGACGGCCGCUCUGGGCGUCCUUUGCGUGCUCCUCAUGUCCGUCGUCGUGGCGCUCACCCUGCACGUGAACAGCUCGGUGGCCGAGCGGCGGUCCGAUAGCGCCAACUUGACGGCGCAGAACCUGACGGCGCUGGAGCUGGGGGAGCUACGGCGGACGCUCGCCGCCGAGCGGGAACAGCUCAACCGGACGCUGGAGGCAGUCUUCCGCCUGAAGGUCUUCCACGUGGCCAGCCACUGCCCGCAGAAAGUAUUAAGCCUGUGUAAGCCGUGCCCGCUAGGCUGGCUGCUCUUCGGCUCCAAGUGUUACCUCUUCCUGCAUUUGCCCUAUCACGCCCACUGGAAGACGCAGGAGGAAAGCGCGAAUGAUUGCUGCCGCAGGAACGCCAGGCUGCUGACCAUCCAAAGCCAGGAAGAACAGGAAUUCGUCACAAACGAGACGAUGUACUACAACGACGACAAGCACGGCUACUGGAUGGGUCUGACAAAGGACAUCAUCACGGACAAGUGGGAGUGGAGCGACGGACGCGCCCUCAAUCAGACCUUCUGGAGAGAUGAAACCUACUACUACCGCAGCAACCGUUGCGCUUUGACUUCGAAGAAAAAAACGUCGACGUCGCUGCACAACUGGAGCAGAGCCGACUGCUCAAUGAAGAACAGAUACAUCUGCCAAACAGAGGCGUUCCUCGUUUCGGAACUCGGCUAA